AUGUUCUCGAGCAACUGGCUCCUCGUCGUUCUCGUUACCUUCUUGGUGACUCCGUUGAGUCGUGGCCAGUUGACACCCUCAUUCUCCCCCUCGGCCACCCUCUCGCCCUCCUCCUCGCCGUCCGCCCUGCUCGACGCAGGUGAGCCCUCCGCGUCCGCGUCCGCUUCUGCGACUGCCCCUCCAAACCCCGACCGAAACAAGUACUUCCAUGAGCCUGGUGGCGACGACCUCCUGCACCAUUACGAUGCUCGCUUUUUCCAGAGGAUCGUGACGGACGAGGAAAGAAAGGACACUUUGAGACAUCUCAUCCGGGCAUACUUCCUGACAUUUGAGUACCUGGGCCUGGAAACCUGGAUCGCACACGGCACCCUGCUCGCAUGGUACUGGAAUGGCAAGAUUCUACCCUGGGAUUGGGACUUGGACACUCAAGUCACCGAUCAAGGCUUGAAACUUCUCGCAAAACACUACAACCAAACCUACUACGAUUAUGAGGAAGGCGAUGGUCAAUCGAAGCGACGCUAUUAUCUCGACGUGAAUCCCUGGGCAUGGCAGCGAGAUCGCGGAGAUGGUGCCAAUAUCAUCGAUGCCCGCUUCAUCAGUGUUGACAAUGGCCUCUUUGUCGACAUCACCGGCUUGUCCGAAGUGUACCCUGAUACCGAGCCCGGUAUUAUCAUGUGCAAGAACAACCACCGUUACCGACUAAGAGAUAUCUUCCCGCUGAGGCACACCUAUUUCGAAGGCGUCAAGGCCAAAGUGCCCUUCUCGUACGUCCCGAUUCUAACGGAAGAGUACAGUGACGCGGCGUUGGUGCGGACCGAGUUUCAGGAACAUCGAUGGGACGCAAACAGUCGCGAGUGGUUGAAAAUCCCCAAAGAUCAGGAUGUCGUCAAGGAAGAAGGCGGAUCCAAGCGUGGUGUCUCUAUGAAGGAUGAUGGUGCAUAUGCCUGA